GAUAGACACGCAAUCGGCCCAGAAGAACGAGAGUUUUUUCCAGUGCUGCAGCGGAUUCUGCAUCGACCUUCUGCAAAAGUUCUCAGAGGAGAUCGGGUUCACUUAUGAGCUCGUCAGAGUGGAAGAUGGGAAAUGGGGCACGUUGGAGAAUGGGAAAUGGAACGGUUUGAUAGCCGACCUGGUGAAUCGGAAAACAGACAUGGUGAUGACAUCUCUGAUGAUCAAUUCGGAAAGGGAAGCUGUGGUCGAUUUCACGGUGCCGUACAUGGAGACAGGUAUCGCCAUCGUGGUGGCGAAGAGGACUGGUAUAAUAUCUCCCACUGCCUUCCUCGAACCAUUCGACACCGCGUCUUGGAUGUUAGUCGGGAUCGUGGCCAUACACGCGGCCACGAUAAUGAUACUUCUGUUCGAAUGGUUGUCACCAUCCGGUUUCAACAUGAAGAAGAAUCCAUCGCCCAACCAUCGGUUCUCCUUUUGUCGGACGUACUGGCUGGUCUGGGCCGUAUUAUUUCAGGCAGCCGUCCAUAUCGAUUCUCCCAGGGGAUUCACAGCCAGAUUCAUGACAAACGUGUGGGCGCUGUUCGCCGUGGUGUUUCUCGCCAUUUACACUGCCAACCUGGCCGCAUUCAUGAUCACGAGGGAGGAGUUUCACGAAUUCACGGGCGUGGACGAUCACCGUUUGGCCAAACCUUGGUCCCACAAGCCUAUGUUCAAGUUCGGUACGAUACCUUGGAGCCAUACCGACAGCACGUUGGCCAAAUACUUCAAGGAGAUGCACACGUAUAUGAAGGAGUUCAACAAGAGCAGCGUGGCCGAAGGGAUCGAGGCGGUUAUCAGCGGAGAGAUGGACGCGUUCAUCUACGAUGGAACGGUCCUCGACUACCUGGUGGCGCAGGACGAGGACUGCCGGUUGCUAACCGUUGGAUCUUGGUACGCCAUGACCGGAUACGGCCUCGCCUUCUCCAGGAAUUCCAAGUACCUGCAGAUGUUCAACAAACGUCUCCUCGACUACAGGGACAACGGGGACUUGGAACGGCUGAGGAGGUACUGGAUGACGGGGACGUGCAAACCCGGCAAAGAGGUGCAAAAGAGCAGCGAUCCCCUGGCGCUCGAACAAUUCUUGUCCGCUUUCCUUUUAUUAAUGAUGGGAAUCCUUCUUGCCGCUGCCUUCCUGCUAUUGGAACAUUUGUAUUUCAAAUACGUAAGGCAGCAUCUGGCGCGAAGCGACGGCGGCGGUUGUUGCGCGCUUUUCAGCCUGAGUAUGGGAAAGUCGUUGACGUUCCGCGGCGCGGUGUACGAGGCGCAGGAUAUCCUGAGGUACCACAGAUGCAGGGAUCCGAUAUGCGACACGCAUUUGUGGAAGGUGAAGCACGAAUUGGACAUGGCCAGGAUCAGGAUACGGCAAUUGGAGAAGGAUCUUGAGGCUCACGGGAUAAAACCUCCCCAGGCCAAGAGGAAAACCGGAAGUCUCGGCUGGUGGCGAGGAUGCUUUCAAAGCCACUCGGACCGCCACUCGCAACCGGAAUCAUUGGCGGUGGAGGCUCCGCAUCCGCUACCGCCAUACUUCGAUUCAUUCAUCGACGCCAUCGACGUAGCCAGACCCAGGGACAUGACCAGGAACCAUGUGGUCAGCACGGAAUACGCCAGCAAAUUUUUACCCCCCGAGAUCUACAGGACCCCCGAGGACGGAACGGGCAGGACGGAAAUCGCCGAAAUGGAGACAGUUCUGUGAUCGUAGAGAGCCGGCCACGAUUGCCCAGCCACGUCAGCGCGAUCAUAAGCGUCCCCUGUGGAGCGGAAAAAGUCUCGCCUCCGCUUCCAUUUCUCGACAACGAGUUUUCGCCUCGUGUUGCCUCCUCGUCGUCGCCGUCGUCGAGGUCUCUCCAUUAUAUCCCUCGAAAAAAACCCUCGAGAACUUGGAGGCAAGGAUCGAAGAGGGGAGGGAAUCAGUUUAUUAGAGGGGGGAGAAAAAGAGAAAGAAGAAAAUGCUUCGAGUUGCACGAGAAGGAACGUUCAGUGCCUAUGAAGAAUCGAGAAACAUCGAGAUCUACGAGAUCAUUCUUCUCAAAAUAAGAUAAAAAGGGGGGAAAAGAAAGAGAGAAGAGAAGAGAAAAGGAGCGAAAAUUUUCCACGACCACGUUUUUUCUUCCAAAAAAAAAAAAAAAAAAAAAAAAACGUUUUUCUUCCUCCUUUGUCACAGCAAAUUGUGAAGAAGUGUUUCGCGUUGCGAUCGUGUUAUAUCAAGGACGCUCGAUUUGGGCGAGAGUUGUUUUCUCAGUUUCUCGUACUUUUUUUUUUUUUCUUUUUUUCUUUUGUCUCGUUUGACCGGGAUUUUUUUAAAAGAAAUUCGAGAGUUUUCAAGAGAGGAAAGAACGAUCCUUUCGGAUCGAAAUGUGUGUUUUCGCUGGGGAAAAGAAGUGUCGCUUUAAAAGAUCAAUUGUAUUUAACGUGGAAGAAGGAGAAGUUAAGCGUUGCUUAGUCGUUUAGUUGUUUAAAGAUGUUACACGUUAAUCGCUUGAUUAACAUCGUAUCAUUUUCUUGUUCGAUGUCAGUUUGGUGAAAAUUUUUUUUUUUUCCUCGUAAUUCAAAUUUUUCGGAAUUCUUCCGCGAGAUUAAUUAAUUUCGCACACGAUGUAUAUAUUGGCAAUCUAUUCCUUUGA